CCACCCUCCACCCCUGACACCAUGACCAACUGUUGCUCCUCUUGCUGUCAGCCUACAUGCUGCAGGACCACCUGCUGCAGGACCACCUGCUGGAAGCCCACCUGUGUGACCACCUGCAGCAGCACACCCUGCUGCCAGCCCUCCUGCUGUGUGUCCAGCUGUUGCCAGCCUUGCUGCCGCCCAACUUGCUGUCAAAACACCUGCUGUAGGACCACCUGCUGCCAGCCCACCUGUGUGACCAGCUGCUGUCAGCCUUCCUGCUGCAGCACACCCUGCUGCCAGCCCACCUGCUGUGGGUCCAGCUGCUGUGGCCAAACCAGCUGUGGGUCCAGCUGUGGCCAGACCAGCUCCUGUGCUCCUGUCUACUGCAGAAGAACCUGCUAUCACCCCACUUGUGUCUGCCUGCCUGGUUGCCUAAACCAGAGCUGUGGCUCCAGCUGCUGCCAGCCCUGCUGCCGCCCCGCCUGCUGUGAGACCACCUGCUGCAGGACCACUUGCUUCCAGCCCACCUGUGUGUCCAGCUGCUGCCAGCCUUCUUGCUGCUGAUCAAGUCCCAAGAGAACCACCGUCCUCACACAACAACUUUCUGCUCAACUGACUUAUCUUUUGGGCGAGUAAUUUACUUUGCUGCUGACA